UGGGUUCUCUGGGACUUUACGUUUUUAUCCCCCAAAGUCACGCGUCCUUGGGCCCAGGCACCCCGGGACAGUUGGUGACCUCGUUUGUCCCCCGUUUCCAGUCUGCGUGUAGGAUGUGGUCGGAAGACCAGGAUACAGACUGCAAACCUGUGACGAUGAUUGGAGCCUCUGACGUAGAAGAGUAUUUACACGGCCUAAGACGACCAGACGCUUUUCCUUCCGUCCAGAACCAGAUCCUUAUUGUCAAGCUAAAUACACGUUUUGUCCAACUGGCUCACCUAUCCCAGUUAUGAAAGGUGAUGAUAUCAUUGAAGUCUUUCGGUUACAAGCCCCAGUAUGGGAAUUUAAAUACGGGAACCUCCUGGGACACUUGCUCUUGGAAAGUAAGAAAGGAAGCCCAGAGGAAGGGGCAAGGCAGAAAAUUAUGCAUGAUGCCAUUGGAUUCAGAAGCACUUUAACUGGCAAGAACUUCACAAUGGAAUGGUAUGAACUUUUCCAACUUGGAAACUGUACAUUUCCCCAUCUCCGACCUGAAAUGAAUGCCCCUUUCUGGUGUAAUCAAGGAGCUGCCUGCUUUUUUGAAGGAAUUGAUGAUAUUCACUGGAAGGAAAAUGGGACGUUAGUUCUAGUAGCAACCAUAUCAGGAAACACAUUUAACGAAAUGGCAAAGUGGGUAAAGCAGGACAAUGAAACAGGGAUUUAUUAUGAGACAUGGACUGUGCAAGCCAGCCCAGAAAGAGGGGCAGAGACAUGGUUUGAAUCCUACGACUGUUCUAAAUUUGUGUUAAGGACAUAUAAGAAGUUGGCUGAACUUGGAGCAGAAUUCAAGAAGAUAGAAACCAACUAUACAAGAAUAUUCCUUUACAGUGGCGAACCUACCUAUCUGGGAAAUGAAACAUCUGUUUUUGGGCCAACAGGAAAUAAAACUCUUGCUUUAGCUAUAAAAAAAUUUUAUUACCCCUUCAAACCACAUUCGUCAACUAAGGAAUUUCUGUUCAGUAUCUUGCAAAUUUUUGAUGCAGUGAUUGUACACAGAGAGUUCUAUUUGUUUUAUAAUUUUGAAUAUUGGCUUUUACCUAUGAAAUUCCCUUUUAUUAAAAUAACUUAUGAAGAAAUCCCUUUACCUAACAGAAACAAAACACAGUCUGGUUUAUAAAAUUUUAAUUCUACUGCUCUUUUUUUCUGUCACCAGCAUAUGUGUUUUUCAAGGGGUGAUUACAUUUGUGGAUUUCCUAGGCUUUUCUGUCUUGGAGCAGAAAUGCACCUGGGCAGAACGGCCACCUAUCAUCUCAGGACUGUUCUUCGAGAGAAGCUGAAACACUGCAUUGGCCAAAGUGAGCACAUUAGGUGACCUUGAUUUCAAACUCCAAGCCUCUGUUAAUAAGAAUUAUAGUUCGUAUCAGAUAUGUAGGAUCUUUGGGCCCUGUGUUUUUUUAAAUAGUGGAUAUGGUAUGCCAAGAUUUUUUAAAUACCCUCAGUGACAUUCAUGAUGGGAGGUACUUUUUUCUGGUAUGGUGUUAACGCUUUUUCAGUAUUUUUUGGUGGUUUAGACUGACUUGACAGCUUUUAUAACUUUGGGGGACCAGGUCUAGUAGUUUGGUUUUGUUCUAUUCACUUAAAGACCAAUU